AUAUUUUAAAGUCGUAAUUUCGAAACGUCAUCCGUCAUUCGAAUUUUUGAAAUAGUGAAGAAAACAAAAUGGCCGAAUCCGAAGCCGUAUUAAUAAAGAUGAUUGAAGAACAAGCUGAGAAUAAUGUCGAAGUUACUGAUGAUAACACUGUUUAUAAAACAACCCAAAUGCACACUUAUUGUAAAAUAGCUGGAUCUAAAAAAGAAUUAAAGAAAAUUAAAAAAGAAAUUAGCGAAGAAGACGACGACGAUUCUGUCUAUUGUAUAUGCAGGACAAAAGACACGAGCAGAUUUAUGAUAGGAUGUGAUAGUUGUAAUGAAUGGUAUCACGGUGACUGUAUCAGCAUUACAGAAGAAUAUGCUAAAAAUAUUAUUAAAUUCUUUUGCCUUAUGUGCAGAGAAAGAGAUCCUACUUUGGAAAUUAAAUUUAAAGAGAAGAAAGAAAAAUGCGAGAAGAUUAAAUCAGAAAAACUCGAAAAGGAAUCAAAACGAUCAGAAGCUUAUUCUUCGAAACCGAAAAAAUCUGCGAGGAGGUGUGGCGAAUGUAUUUCUUGUUACAGAACUGAAGACUGCGGAAGAUGUGACUUUUGCAAAGAUAUGAGGAAAUUUGGAGGUCCUAACAAGAUACGUCAAAAAUGUCGACAAAGACAAUGUGUAAAUUUUGGCUUAAUCUUUGGAAAAAAGCCACCGUAUAAAGAUAAAUACUCACACGAGGAUAACAACGAAAUGUGUCAGGAAGAAAAUGAGGAAGACGAGGAUGGAGAGGACAAGGAUCCAACUUAUUGCCCUCCUGAGAAAAAGCCGAGAGGACAUGUCUCGGAUCACGACGAAGAUUAUGAACCUAAAAGUAAAAAAUCUUCUAAAAAGUAUUGUAAAAGUCAGACAAGACAGAGCGAGGGGAGGAAGAGAUCUUCGAGGCAUAGAGUGAAAAAAGACGAAUAUGGCACAGAAAAAGAAAAGACCAGAGGAAAGAAGGAGGAAGAAAUUAUUAAACAGUGUUACGGACCCGCAUGCAUCAAUGCAGCAAGAGUGGGAUCCAAAUAUUGUAGCGACAGUUGUGGAAUGAAAUUGGCCACAAAUCGAAUCUUUGAAUUUUUACCCCAUCGCAUAAGGCAGUGGCAAAGUACUACUUGUUUGGCAGACGAAAAGAAUAGGCUUCUGUUAGAAUCGAUUCGAAGACAGCAACAAGAAGCCAAACAGAUCUUAAAUCAGUUAGAUAAGAGACAAGAAGAGUUAGAAAAUCUAAUUGAACGUGCCAAGAAAACUCCCAUUGCUCAGGAACAAGAGGUAACCGACGGUGAAUCAGAAGAAGGCGAAUUGAGCGUGUACUGCGUAACCUGCGGCCACGAGAUCGGAGCGAGGACGGCACUAAAACACAUGGAAAGGUGUUUUAACAAAUACGAAAGUCAGACGUCGUUUGGGUCGAUCUACAAGACGCGCAUCGAAGGGAGUAACGUAUUUUGCGAUUUCUACAAUCCCCAACAGAGAACGUACUGCAAGAGACUCAGGAUUCUGUGUCCCGAACAUUCGAAAGAUCCAAAGAUCAACGACGACGAAGUGUGCGGUUGUCCUGCCGUGACGAACGCCUUCGUACAGACGGGAGAAUUUUGCAGGAUACUCAAAAAGAAAUGUAUAAAGCAUUAUUGUUGGGACAAGCUGAGACGUGCCGAGAUCGACAUGGAGAGGGUCAGACAGUGGUUACAACUAGACGAAUUAAUGGAACAAGAAAGGAAUAUUCGUAUAGCCAUGGCCAACAGAGGCGGCGUGCUCGGUCUCAUGUUGCACCAGACAAUAGCUCAUGACACCCUGUUUGAAGUUCCACCCGGACUGGAGUGAAUUAAAAUUCACAUUUUUAUAUAUAUUUUUUAAAAUAUCUAAUUAAAAUUUGUACAUAAUGGGCAUUAAACAAUUUAUAUUUAUAUAGCUUUGAUUUU